UGACUAAAACUCUUCAAAAGGUACACCCAAUACAGAGGAUACGUAGGCCUCCACAUAUUCAAACCCCCUCCUCUCUCUCUCUCUCCCCCCAAGACUUGGCCUUGCUUUGAUUUGUUUUGUUUUAUUGUUGUUGAUUGAUUUUCAGCAUUCAACAGCAGGCAGCUUCACCACCCUUUCAUAGAAAACAAAAUGAGCUUUCACCUCACAAACUAAAAUAAAUAAAUAAAAUUAAAAAAAAAAAAAAGAAACAAACAAAAGGUGGUAGUGGUAGAUGCAUGAGCCACCACCACACCAACACAAACUUGUUGAAAACUCUCAUCUUUCUUAUUUCUCCCUUCCGUUCUUUCCUCACUCUUUCUCUUAUUUCACCACCAUCUCCUUUCCUUGAUCCUUCUCAUAACACCUAAGGAUCCUGAGUUUUUUUUUUAACCUUUCUUUUUGUUCUUUUAUCAGAUUUUAGGUUCAACCUUAAUAAAAUUGUCUUUCUCUCUCUGUUUUCCUCGGUUUCUGCGCUGUCCCGACUACCACCUUUUCUUUCUCCUUUCUCAGGAGCAUAGAUAAAGGGAUAAAUGCAAAGCUAAACCAUUGGUCACUGAUUGAAGCAUUGCCAAAUGGUGAGCUUACGCAGACGCAAGCUCCUGGGACUCUGCUCUGGGACGAGUUCCUUUUUUACUCCACUUUCUAGAUUUUUCGAUAAUGGUAAUGCCCCUGGAAAUUCAAGUCAGAGUGCAAAAUUGGUCACUGUGCAUCCAAUGCCCUCAGAUCCCAUCCACAUGAAUGGGAAAAGCAUUCCUAAGGUUGCUUCUGGAUCACCGAAUGUCUCCGGCUCCGGCUCAUCAAAAGAGCAUCAUAAUCAACCUUUUCCUGGGCAACCGAUCAAACGCAGGAAGCGACACAGGAGGAAGCAUGUUCAAAACCAAGAACAAUGUCUAAUGAGGGGUGUAUACUUCAAAAAUAUGAAAUGGCAGGCUGCAAUAAAAGUUGACAAGAAACAAAUUCACUUGGGAACAGUUGGUUCACAAGAAGAAGCUGCCCAUUUAUAUGACAGAGCGGCAUUCAUGUGUGGAAGGGAGCCGAACUUUGAACUCUCAGAGGAAGAGAAGCAAGAGCUUAGGAAAUUCAAGUGGGAAGAGUUUUUGGCAUAUACUCGGCGAUCAAUUACAAAUAAAAAAUACAAGCGAAGGCUCGGGAAGGUGGAACCACAGAAGAGAUCUGAACCUGCAAUGGAGAACAGCGAGUGGGACAACAAACAAGGAGUGAAUAGCUUCUCAGCUUCAGAAGAGUUCGGGCCAGACUCGUCAGCCUCAUAAAUGAUUCGAGAGUGUUAGUGAGGCUAAACCAAUAGCUUUAGCAGUUAAAUUUAGAGUUGCAGGGUCUCUCCAUUUUUGGGUAUUUUUCUGGUAUAAAAUUGGUUGCACCAUUAUAUCGCCCUCACGAAAUCACCAUUGUUGCUGUCCCCCAUGUAUCUGCAAAUUGCAGAAAUCGGGGGAAAAAACAUGUUUACUAGGAAGCAUCAAAAAUCUUUUAUUAGUCGUAGUUAUGCCAAUUUCCAUCUUUUAUCUCUAUGUUUCCAUUAGCUAGACCUGGUAAUAUGAAGGCAUGUAUGUAGCAUAUAUUCAACAAAACUCAAAAUGAACUGGAAAACCCGAAAUAAUUAAAUAAAGUAUGUAUCAAUUCAAUUGAAA